GGAACAUGGCGGCUGCGGAGCCGGCGGUCCUUGCGCUCCCCAAUAGUGGCGGCGUGGGCGCGGGGGCGCCGUCGGGCACGGUCCCGGUGCUCUUCUGUUUCUCUGUCUUCGCGCGACCCUUGUCGGUGCCGCACGGCGCGGGCUACGAGCUGCUCAUCCAGAAGUUCCUCAGCCUGUACGGUGACCAGAUCGACAUGCACCGCAAAUUCGUGGUGCAGCUCUUCGCCGAGGAGUGGGGCCAGUACGUGGACUUGCCCAAGGGCUUCGCGGUGAGCGAGCGCUGCAAGGUGCGCCUCGUGCCGCUGCAGAUCCAGCUCACUACCCUGGGAAAUCUUACACCUUCAAGCACUGUGUUUUUCUGCUGUGAUAUGCAAGAAAGGUUCAGACCAGCCAUCAAGUAUUUUGGGGAUAUUAUUAGUGUGGGACAAAGACUGUUGCAAGGGGCCCGGAUUUUAGGAAUACCUGUUAUUGUAACAGAACAGUAUCCUAAAGGUCUUGGGAGCACGGUUCAAGAAAUUGAUUUAACAGGUGUAAAACUGGUACUUCCAAAGACCAAGUUUUCAAUGGUAUUACCAGAAGUAGAAGCAGCAUUAGCAGAGAUUCCCGGAGUCAGGAGUGUUGUAUUAUUUGGAGUAGAAACUCAUGUGUGCAUCCAACAAACUGCCCUGGAGCUAGUUGGCCGAGGAGUGGAGGUUCAUAUUGUUGCUGAUGCCACCUCAUCAAGAAGCAUGAUGGACAGGAUGUUUGCCCUCGAGCGUCUUGCUCGAACCGGGAUCAUAGUGACCACGAGUGAGGCUGUUCUGCUUCAGCUGGUAGCUGAUAAGGACCAUCCAAAAUUCAAGGAAAUUCAGAAUCUAAUUAAGGCGAGUGCUCCAGAGUCGGGUCUGCUUUCCAAAGUGUAGGACAUUUGAAGAACUGGUACGCUACCCACUGGUGAAGGACAGUCAGGUGAAGGACUGCAAGCCCACACAAGCUCUUCUUAUCUCUACUAGAAUUAAAAUGUUAAGUCAAAAACGGCUCCUUUUUUGCGCCUCUUAGUGAAACUUAACCAGCUAGACCAUUUGGGUACCAGCAUUUAGUUACAAAUGUCAAAGGCUUCUGGUGCUGCUUACCUUCCUUUUUUGUUAAUGUGCUUUUAUUUAUUAAAAAAAUUAUAAUGAAGGUGCCUGUUUUGUCUAUACUGUGUACUCUGAUCGUAUCUUUCAAAAGUGCAGACUCUUGUGAAGUUUUCUUAAAUUGUGCACUUUAAAGAAAAUGAAGUACCAAUAAUGAUUUCACUUUUAUAUUACUGUAAGAUGUUAUAUUGUUAAUGUGGAUGUAGUGCUUUUACUUUACAGAUUGAUUGGAAUAAGAUUAUUAUAUAUGAAUUUACCCACAGGACUCUGGAUCAUGUUACCCACUCCCCUCACAAUGUUGUCCACUUACUGAGUUGCAUUGAUGUAUCCAUACCAAAUGAUGUUGAAUAAUUACAUAUCUUUCUUGAUUACACCGAUUUCUUAUUUUGGUCACUGUUACUAAAUCUCUGUUAAUGUUCUGUCUUUUAACUGAAUCUU